CCUGAAUUGGGAGGAAUGCCCGAGAUCACAGCAUAAAAUCUAUCACUAGCAGCCAGGAAACAACUAUUUAACAAGUCAACCAUGUCCAGAAUGAUCUUAGCUUCAUUAUGGUUUCUGCUUUGGGACAGCCACGCAUCUAAUCUCUGAAAGUAAUUUUGUAUAUAAAACUUGUAAACAAUCAGAAACAAUGCCUCCAAGACCAUCUUCAGGUGAACUGUGGGGCAUCCACUUGAUGCCCCCAAGAAUCUUAGUAGAAUGUUUACUACCAAAUGGAAUGAUAGUGACUUUAGAAUGCCUCCGUGAGGCUACAUUAAUUACUAUAAAACAUGAACUAUUUAAAGAAGCAAGAAAAUACCCUCUGCAUCAACUUCUUCAAGAUGAGUCUUCUUACAUUUUCGUAAGUGUUACCCAAGAAGCAGAAAGGGAAGAAUUUUUUGAUGAAACAAGACGACUUUGUGACCUUCGGCUUUUUCAACCCUUUUUAAAAGUAAUUGAACCAGUAGGCAACCGUGAAGAAAAGAUCCUCAAUCGAGAAAUUGGUUUUGCUAUUGGCAUGCCAGUGUGUGAAUUUGAUAUGGUUAAAGAUUCAGAAGUACAGGACUUCCGAAGAAAUAUUCUCAAUGUUUGUAAAGAAGCUGUGGAUCUUAGGGAUCUUAAUUCACCUCAUAGUAGAGCAAUGUAUGUCUACCCUCCAAAUGUAGAAUCUUCACCGGAACUGCCAAAGCACAUAUAUAAUAAAUUAGAUAAAGGGCAAAUAAUAGUAGUGAUUUGGGUGAUUGUUUCUCCAAAUAAUGAUAAGCAGAAGUAUACUCUGAAAAUCAACCAUGACUGUGUUCCAGAACAGGUGAUUGCUGAAGCAAUCAGGAAAAAAACUCGAAGUAUGUUGCUAUCAUCUGAACAACUAAAACUCUGUGUUUUAGAAUAUCAGGGCAAAUAUAUUUUAAAAGUAUGUGGAUGUGAUGAAUACUUCCUAGAAAAAUAUCCUCUGAGUCAAUAUAAGUAUAUAAGAAGCUGUAUAAUGCUUGGAAGGAUGCCCAAUUUGAUGCUGAUGGCCAAAGAAAGCCUCUACUCUCAACUGCCAAUGGACUGUUUUACAAUGCCAUCUUAUUCCAGACGCAUCUCCACAGCUACACCAUAUAUGAAUGGAGAAACAUCUACAAAAUCCCUUUGGGUUAUAAAUAGUCCUCUCAGAAUAAAAAUUCUUUGUGCCACUUAUGUGAAUGUAAAUAUUCGAGACAUUGACAAGAUCUAUGUUCGCACAGGUAUCUACCAUGGAGGAGAACCCUUAUGUGACAAUGUGAACACUCAAAGAGUACCUUGUUCCAAUCCCAGGUGGAAUAAAUGGCUGAAUUAUGAUAUAUACAUUCCUGAUCUUCCUCGUGCUGCUCGACUUUGCCUUUCCAUUUGUUCUGUUAAAGGCCGAAAGGGUGCUAAAGAGGAACACUGUCCACUAGCCUGGGGAAAUAUAAACCUAUUCGAUUACACAGAUACUCUGGUAUCUGGAAAAAUGGCUUUGAAUCUUUGGCCAGUACCUCAUGGAUUAGAAGAUUUGCUGAACCCUAUUGGUGUUACUGGGUCAAAUCCAAAUAAAGAAACUCCAUGCUUAGAGUUGGAAUUUGACUGGUUCAGCAGUGUGGUAAAGUUUCCAGAUAUGUCAGUGAUUGAAGAGCAUGCCAAUUGGUCUGUAUCCCGAGAAACAGGGUUUAAUUAUUCCCAUGCAGGACUGAGUAACAGACUAGCUAGAGACAAUGAAUUAAGAGAAAAUGACAAAGAACAGCUCCGAGCAAUUUGUACACGAGAUCCUCUAUCUGAAAUCACUGAACAAGAGAAGGAUUUUCUGUGGAGCCACAGACACUAUUGUGUAACUAUUCCUGAAAUUCUACCCAAAUUGCUUCUGUCGGUUAAAUGGAAUUCUAAAGAUGAAGUAGCCCAGAUGUACUGCUUGGUAAAAGAUUGGCCUCCAAUCAAACCUGAACAAGCUAUGGAGCUUCUGGACUGUAAUUACCCAGAUCCUAUGGUUCGAGGUUUUGCUGUUCGAUGCUUGGAAAAAUAUUUAACAGAUGACAAACUUUCUCAGUACCUAAUUCAGCUAGUACAGGUCCUAAAAUAUGAACAGUAUUUGGAUAACCUGCUUGUGAGGUUUUUACUCAAGAAAGCAUUGACUAACCAAAGGAUUGGUCACUUUUUCUUUUGGCAUUUAAAAUCUGAGAUGCACAAUAAAACAGUUAGUCAGAGGUUUGGCCUGCUUUUGGAGUCCUAUUGUCGGGCAUGUGGGAUGUAUUUGAAGCAUCUGAAUAGGCAAGUGGAAGCUAUGGAAAAACUCAUCAACUUAACUGACAUUCUCAAACAAGAGAAGAAAGAUGAAACACAAAAGGUACAGAUGAAGUUUCUAGUUGAGCAAAUGAGGCGACCAGAUUUCAUGGAUGCUCUUCAAGGCUUUCUAUCUCCGCUAAACCCUGCUCAUCAGCUAGGAAAUCUCAGGCUUGAAGAGUGCCGAAUUAUGUCCUUUGCAAAAAGGCCACUGUGGUUGAAUUGGGAGAACCCAGACAUCAUGUCAGAGUUACUGUUUCAGAACAAUGAGAUCAUCUUUAAAAACGGAGAUGAUUUACGGCAAGAUAUGCUAACACUUCAAAUUAUUCGCAUUAUGGAAAAUAUCUGGCAAAAUCAAGGUCUGGAUCUUCGGAUGUUACCUUAUGGUUGUCUGUCAAUUGGUGACUGUGUGGGACUGAUUGAGGUGGUUAGAAGUUCUCACACUAUCAUGCAAAUUCAGUGCAAAGGUGGCCUAAAAGGCGCCCUGCAGUUCAACAGCCACACGCUACAUCAGUGGCUCAAAGACAAGAACAAAGGAGAAAUAUAUGAUGCAGCCAUUGAUUUGUUUACACGUUCAUGCGCUGGAUAUUGCGUUGCCACCUUCAUUUUGGGAAUUGGAGAUCGUCACAAUAGUAACAUCAUGGUCAAAGAUGACGGACAACUGUUUCAUAUAGAUUUUGGACACUUUUUGGAUCACAAGAAGAAAAAAUUUGGUUAUAAAAGAGAACGUGUGCCAUUUGUUUUGACACAAGAUUUCUUAAUAGUGAUUAGUAAAGGAGCCCAAGAAUGCACAAAGACAAGAGAAUUUGAGAGGUUUCAGGAGAUGUGUUACAAGGCUUAUCUAGCUAUUCGGCAGCAUGCCAAUCUCUUCAUAAAUCUUUUCUCAAUGAUGCUUGGCUCUGGAAUGCCAGAACUACAAUCUUUUGAUGAUAUUGCAUACAUUCGAAAGACACUAGCCUUAGAUAAAACUGAGCAAGAGGCUUUGGAAUAUUUCAUGAAACAAAUGAAUGAUGCACAUCAUGGUGGCUGGACAACAAAAAUGGAUUGGAUCUUCCACACAAUUAAGCAGCAUGCUUUGAACUGAAUUGAUGAUAACUGAGAAACUGACAAUUUGGAUUCUACACUGCACUGUUAUUAACUGUCAGCAGGCAAAGACUGGUUGCAUAGGAAUUGCACAGUCCAUGAACAGCAUUAGAAUUUACAGCAAGAACAGAAUAAAAUAUUAUAUAAUUUAAAUAAUGUAAACACAAACAGGGUUUGAUAGCACUAAACUAGUUCAUUUCAAAAUUGAGCUUUAGAAUAAUGCGCAGUUUCAUGUUAUGCCUUAAGUGCAAAAAGGUAAACUUUGAAGAUUGUUUGUAUCCUUUUUUAAAAAACAAAACAAAACAAAAA